CUCGCGGGCUCCCUCCCUCCGGCAGGCGUCGCUGGCCAUUGAUGGGGCGAGAGGAAGGAAGAGGAUCUUCGAUCCCGCCCCGAGGCUCGGUACCCCUGGGCCGCCUUCCUCCCGCGCCCGCCUGCGCUCGCGCCGCCGCGCCUUCUGGAGGGUCUCGCACCAGCUGCCGGCGCCCAGGGAUGAACCGGGCCCUCACUCUGGAAGGCAAGAAUCUGGGCGGCCGCGAUGGAGGGCUCGGGCGCAGCUGGGAAGGAAUCCCCGGCAGGCGAGAGCGCCAGCGCCAGGCCAAGGCGUGGGGUGCGCGGAGAGGUCCGGGAUCACGGCGACGGCAUCCGGAGUCGCGGGCGGGGGCGGGGGCGCUGCCGGGGAGUCCGGGAACCCUGGAGGGGCCGGGGAGUGGGCGGAGGUGCAGCAGGAGGCGCCCGGGGCUUGGCCGGGCUGGUCUGGUCGGGCGCGCGGUGGAGGGGAGGGACGGGGCUGCGCUGGGCUGGGCCGCCGGGUCCGCUUCCCUCGCCCUGGACUCUCGCCGGGCGGCGAGUGGUGGGGAAGAGAGCAAGACCUGCGGGCCUUUAGAUCCUGGGACCGCCCUUUCCCGCUCCAGGUCGGGCGGCGAGCAGCAACGAAGGCUGAACCCUCAGCGGCAGCAUGAGAGCGGGCACCGCCGCUCCGGGCUUGCGGCCGCGCGGCGGGCGGCGGCGGCUCUGCCGGCGCUCGCCAUGGGCGCGCGGUGGGGCCGGCGGCGCACUCGGCGUGGAGGCCUGAGGCUGUCCGAGGCCCAGUUGGCGCUGAUGGCCGCCAGCCUGGUGUGCAGCGCCGUGGUCGUCUAUGUUUGCUGGAAGCAGCUGCCGCCGCUGCCCUGGGCCUCCUCCGUCCCGCCGCGGCGGGUGAGCGUGCUGCUGUGGUGGGAGCCCUUCGGGGGCCGGCACAGAGCCAAAAGGCCGCCCCCUGAUUGCCGGCUGCGCUUCAACAUCAGCGGCUGCCGCCUGCUCACUGAUCGCGCGGCCUCUGGGGAGGCCCAGGCGGUGCUUUUCCACCACGGAGACUUGGUGAAGGGACCCCCGGACUGGCCCCCGCCCUGGGGCGUCCACGUGCGCCCGGCGGAGGAGCAGCAGGUGCUGAUCGACGACGAGGAGGAAGCCGCGGAGGCCUUAGCCCUGGCUGCCUCGGGCCCCAGGCCCCUGGGCCAGCGCUGGGUGUGGAUGAACUUCGAGUCACCCACCCACUCCCCGGGGCUGCAGAGCCUGGCACGUAACCUCUUCAACUGGACGCUCUCCUACCGGGCCGACUCGGACAUCUUAGUGCCUUACGGCUACCUCUACCCUAGGACCCAUCCCAGCGAGCAGCCGGCGGGUCUGGUCCCGCCGCUGGCCCGGAAACAAGGGCUGGUGGCCUGGGUGGUGAGCAACUGGGACGAGCGCCAGGCGCGGGUCCCCUACUACAGCCAGCUGAGCCAGUACGUGACCUUGGACCUCUUCGGCAAGGGCGGGCCCAGGCAGCCGCUGCCUGACGUCGGGCUUCUGCACACAAUCAAUUAUAAAGUGAAAGAGUAAAAAGGUUUUAAUCCCUUUAAUAACAGAAAUACAUGGCCCCAAUAAAGAAAUCUAAAAAUGAUAUGCAUGCAAUGCUUGUACUUUAAAUGCAUAAAUAAAUGAAAAUUUUA